UCCCCGUCCGUCUUGUUCACGCGGCGCUUCUUGUUCACGGGCGCCGCAAUCUCGACCUCGAUCUCCGACUCAGAUUCGCUGGUGAUAGACGGCGAAGGGCUCGCGCUCAUGCGCUUAGACGGCUGCGCAGCCUCCUGAAUAUCCACCGGUGCAGUCGCCUUGAGCUUUGCCUGGGCUGCGCGGCGAGCUGCGAGAGCGGACAUGAGCUGUGGAUGUCUGGAGGGAGUGUGUGGAGGGCAAAAGGCGGCGCCGGCGUUGAGCGACAGAAAUUGUUGAUCUUCGUUCCUGAACGCGGGGACUCCGCAAUUUUCAACCACAUGGCUGGCGAGGAAGGAGAUCGAAUUCGAGUCGGCCACCUCUCCCGCACUUGUCGCUGCUCGAUCUCCUCUCCUCCCCAUCAAUAACUCCUCUCCUCUUCGUUCUCAAGGCUCAAGGGGCAUCAGCUCACAUUCAUGUCUGACAGAAACCUCCGCCAGGCCGAUGGCCUUCUUAUGAAGGUCCACGACCCCAAGUCUGGCCCCGUUCUCCCCAAAGAGGGCGAGCAUAACGUCCUCAUCACGUCCGCCCUUCCUUACGUUAACAAUGUCCCUCACUUGGGAAACAUCAUUGGCUCCACGCUUUCCGCUGAUGUGUUCGCGCGUUACAACCGCACAAAGAACAUCCCGACCCUCUUUGUAUGCGGUACCGACGAGUACGGCACUGCUACCGAGACCAAGGCCCUGGAGGAGGGCAUCACCCCGAUGGAGCUCACCACCAAGUUCAACAAGCUUCACACCGAGGUUUACGAAUGGUUCGAGCUUGGCUUUGACAUGUGGGGCCGCACGUCCGACCCAGCGCAGACCGAAGUCACUCAGGACAUCUACAAGCACAUCCACAAGAACGGCUUUUUCCAGCUCGAGACGAGCGAUCAGACCUACUGCGAGGACGAUGGGCUUUUCCUUGCCGACCGUUUCGUCGAGGGCGUAUGCCCUAACUGUGGCUACGACGACGCGCGUGGCGACCAGUGCGACAAGUGCUCCCUCACAUUCUCCUCCCCCACCGAGCUCCUUCACCCCCGCUGCAAGCGGAAUAAGAGCCACAAGAUUUCCGUCCGUCCUUCAACUCACUCCUGCAUUCGCUUGAACGCGAUUCAGCCUCGUCUGGAGGAUUGGAUGCAGAAGGCGCGCGUCAAGGGCAAAUGGUCGUCGAACGUUGUCAUCACCGACAAGGGAGAGAUUGUUGAGCCUCGUAUGCUCGGCGAGGGCCUCCGUCCUUCGGCUGUCACUCGCGAUCUUAAAUGGGGUGUGCCCGUGCCGUCCGUUGGCGACAAGGAUGAGGAUGACAAGCUCAAGGACAAGGUCAUCUAUGUUUGGUUCGACGCGCCCAUCGGCUACAUCUCGAUGACAAAGUCUUACACCGACAAGUGGCAGGAGUGGUGGAUGAACCCCAAGAAUGUCGAGCUUUACCAGUUCAUGGGCAAGGACAACGUCUACUUCCACACCGUUCUCUUCCCCGCCAUGCUGCUCGCGGACGGACGCCCGUGGACCAUGCUGCACAACAUCUCAUCCACCCAGUACCUCAACUACGAGGAUACCAAGUUCUCGAAGUCUCGUGGCGUCGGCGUCUUCGGAAACAACGCUGCUGAGACUGGCCAGCCUGCUUCGGUCUGGCGUUACUACCUCCUUUCGCAGCGACCAGAGUCCGGCGACACUUCAUUCCAGUGGUCCAAGUUCAUCGCGUCCAUCAACAACGAGCUGCUUAACAACCUCGGCAACUUCGUCAACCGUGUUGUCAAGUUUACGAAUGCUAAGUUCGACUCGGUUGUCCCCGGCCCCUCGGACGCAGGCGGAAGGCCGAAGCCCUCGAGCCAGGGUGCUGAGUGGGCGAAGCUCGACGAGGAGUUCUUUGCGGACAUUAAUGCCAAGCUCAAGGAGUACCGUGACCUCAUGGACGCCACCAAGCUUCGUGGUGGUCUCUCCACUGCCAUGUCGAUUUCAGCCCGCGGUAACCAGUACCUCCAGGAUUCAGGUCUCGACAACGCACUCCUUGCCAACCACCGCGAGCGGUGCGCUGAGGUCAUCCUCAACGGCAUCAACCUCGUUUACGUUCUUUCCGUCAUCUUCCAUCCCUUCAUGCCUAGCACGUCUCGAGACAUGCUCGCUCAGCUCAAUGCCCCCGCCCGCAGUCUACCCGAGGAGUUCACCAUCGACAUCCUCCCUGGGCACAAGGUCGGCAAGGCCGCUCACUUGUUCAAGAGGAUCGAAAACCCCGAGGAGCAGGAGGCCGCAUGGCAGAAGCAAUUCGGUGGCCAUGACUCUGCCAAGGCCGAGGGUGUGCCCGCUGCCGAGGCCAAGCAGGCGUCGCAACCGAAGGGCGCUGUUGACCACAAGGCGAACUGGGCCAAGUCGGCCGAGAAGAAGAAGGCCGCUGCUGCUGCUGCGAAUGCGGCAAAGAGCCCCGAGGAGCGCGAUCUCGAGGCGAAGCUGGAAGCACAAAACCUCGUGGUGAAGAACAUCCGCACUGGUCGUGGAGAAGGUAACGUUGAGGAGGAGACUGCCAAGGCCAAGUCACUCAAGGCGGAGUUGGCGGCGCUUCGCAAGAAGCUCAAGGCGACCAAGAUCUAGGAUCCUAUAGACACAGGGUAUGUAUGCAGAUGACCAUGCUGUCACGACAUUCAAUCAGGAUAUCUAUCCUGAUGCGCCACAAUCCUGGGCCAUGCUGUAAUCCGGCGCAUGCUGUAAUCCGACGCAUCUACCCUGGUCGGCACAAACAUGGAACAUCCCAAUGUGCGUGCCGCACAUGCUCCGAGGAGCGUUGCGCGUAAGACAGUGCUCCUAUGCAGUUUCCCGAU